AGAGCACUGCUAGCCUUUGAGGAUCUAGCAGGAACAAUGGGUGGCAGUGCAAAGGGGACAGAAUAUGCUGUCCAAAGCCCAUCUGCUUUGUUGCAAUGCUCACCCUUGUGAAAUAUUCCCUAAAAUAUGUGAGUUUACUGUUGGGAGAACUAGUCAGAGAGGGAAGGAUGGAGGGAGGGUUUCUGUUUUAUAGGCUAGCUUUGUUUUCUGGCAUCUAUGAGCCACAAAGCUUGGAUAUAAGCCACAGAACAUCCUGUUUUCCCCUCUCUCUUGCCUGUCUUCUUGCUGGUUGGUCUUUCUAAGGUUCUGGAAAAAACACUGCCCAGCUAAAGGUAAGAACCAAAAAACCUUUCCUAAGCGGGUGAGAAUGUGUAAAGUGGGGGGGGGGGGCUGUACAAUACCUGUGGCUUCUAGGACAGAGAUGAGAGUUAAACAUCUGGCAUUUUCUAAGUUUAAAGAAAUAGUGCAGGGGGAGCAGUUGUUGCCGACAGGCAUGCAAGACUGGGGUUUGCAAACAGUUGCAGCAACACAGGUAUGCAUCAGCCCCAGAGGAAAGUGAUUGAUUGAUUGAUUGAUUGAUUGACUGGUUAUUUAAUUUCUACACCACUUAAUAUAUUUUAAAAAAUCUCUAAGAGGUGUACAAAAAACUGAAGCAGCAACAGACAACUUAAAAACAAUUUUACAAAAAUACAGUUGUAAAAAUGUUACAUUAAUACAAAGUGUGUGUGUGUGUGUGUGUGUGUGUGUGUUCAAUAUUCCUUCUGACAUACCCUUCCUCUCAAGAGAUAGCUGCUGUAACUUUGGAGGGGUGUCAGAAAAGGGGGACGUUACAAGUCCCCCUUUUUUGUUUAUGCUGGAUGGAAUAGACUCAGUUUCAUUGUUUAUGUUAUUAUAUAUAGCAUACUCUCUCUCUCUCAGGUAAGAAAUUUGCCAUCUGGGAUAUUGUAUCUUUACCUCUUCCCAUGUGCUUGGAUUUUUUUAUGAACAGGCUGCUUCUAAGAUUAGGGUCCACACUGCAAAACUUGUUAUUGAAUCAUAACAUCACAGAAUUGUAUGGUUGGAAGGGUUAUCUUGUCCAACCCCCUGCAAUGCAAUGAUAGUGAAUCGUGAAUCUAUUUUACUUACUCAGUAUGUAAACAAUAACAACAGAGGCUGUGUUUUAAAAUACAAAGAGGGUAUUCCUGCCCUCUGUUAUGUACUGAUAUAUAUAACCAGAGGUUUUGGGGGAAAGCUCUCACUCACUGUUUACCGUGAGCUGAAAUAAAGAGCAUGAAAUCAACACUCAACUCCGAGUAUAUUUCACACUCUAUCCACCUCGUUGCUUGUCAUCGGUGUGAUCCUUUCAGUAUGUCUUUUUUUUUUUAAAUGCUUUUUUAUUGGUGUUUCAUUUAGUACAAACAACAAAAUACAUUAAAAUUCAACAAUCAUUUACCCACAUUCUUUCCCCACACUCUGCUGAGCAUUGACUUCCUUCUCUCCCUUCAACAGGUUUUCUUAUGUCAGUUACUUUUCCACAGUUUCUUAUUGUAUCCAAUCCUAUCUACAUAGUAAGAUUUAUUUCAGUUCUGCCAAUCCUUUCAGUAUGUCAAUGGCCUUUGGGCAAAACAAUGAAUAAUGCUCCUGUCACUGGGUCCCUCUAUUACAACAGCAAUUUUAACACAAAGUGUUGCAGCGACCCAAGAAGCUAGUGACAACAAUUGGGGGGGUGAGCCCAGUGCCCCAAAAUAUUGAGGAGGGCUCUCUGCCCCAUAUACUCGGCACCCCUGCAUGUAACAUACAACUUAACAGAAAAACAGAAAUGACGCAUCAACACUGCAAAGUGUAACAAACAGCAUUUGCAGUUCUCAAGCAAUAAACAAAGCAACACUCCCACCCACUAAUUAGCAGAUGAACAAAACCUCAACCCAUCCAGCCCAAAAACCAUCUACACUGACCCAGCAAUGUUUUCCCAGCCUUACCCUGCCCACCAAAUGUAGAAGCCUGGCACCAGGUCAGCUGCUGCAGAUCAGUGGUGGAGUGGGUGCCCAGAUCCUUCUCCAGGGAUGUUCAAGCAUCUCUCCCUUGUGUGCGGCAGGGAGAGCAGUAGAAAAGCAAAGAAGGGAGACAAUGGUGGCAAACAUUUUACAGUGGUACCUCGGGUUAAGUACUUAAUUCGUUCCGGAGGUCCGUUCUUAACCUGAAACUGUUCUUAACCAGAAGCACCACUUUAGCUAAUGGGGCCUCCUGCUGUCGCCGCGCCACUGGAGCACGAUUUCUGUUCUCAUCCUGAAGCAAAGUUCUCAACCUGAAGCACUAUUUCUGGGUUAGCGGAGUCUGUAACCUGAAGCAUAUGUAACCUGAAGCGUAUGUAACCUGAGGUACCACUGCACCUGUUUUGCAGAUAUCCUGGCCACUCUUCUCUAGCUGCUGGUCAGGAGCAGAGGCACCGUGUUGUCCCCAAGAUUAGGGGGGCUGGCGCAUGUUGCAAACAUGUAAUAUUGCAUGUGUGACAUAUGUCCUAUGACAUCACAUACGUCCUUGCCAUGCAUGGUAAACUGGUGAGGACUAGCAUAAGGCCACACCAACCUGUGUGGUAUCAGGAGAUGCCACCCAGGCAGUUGCAGCCUUCCACUAGGCCAUGCUGGUCCCCACAGUGUCAGGAGAUAAUGCGUGGGCCAACGGGACCUUGUGCCAGGUCAGUCCCUCAGCCUCUCUUGACACUGCACAGAUCGGUGCAGCCUUCCGUUGAUGUUGUGCUGUGCUCAGCUUGGCAGUUCGGUCUCCUCUGCCCCCUCAAUAUUCGGGGAGGAUGACCCCCCUGCUAAGCAAUAUUGAGGGGGCUGAUGAUACCUUCACCCCCUAGAGUUGGUGCAUGUGAUUAGGAGUGAAGCCAGGGAGAUUCCCAAGGGCAGAAAGGGAGGUUUCCUUCCCUGGGUUAGAGGAUUAGAAUAGCACUGAAGAGACCCAGGUUCACACACACAUAGCAGACCCUCCAAGUGUCCUUAUUUUCCAGGAACAUCCCUGAUUUAGAAAAGGCAUCCUGGUUUCUGAUUUGAUCCUGGAAUGUUCCAUUUUUCCUUACGAUGUCUCUAUUUUCAUUGCAGAAAUGUUGGAGGGUAUGGUAUUGUCAGAUUCCCAAGCCAUCUGAAGGCAAUCCUGUAUAGGGAAGGCUUUUUUAAAAAAGUUUAAUGUUUUAUUAUGUUUUUAUAUAUAUUGGAAGCUGCCCAGAGUGGGUGGGGCAACCCAAUAAGAUGUGUGGGGUAUAAACAGUAAAAUUAUAAUUAUGGAGUAGGACGUCCCUUUUUUUAAUAAGGGGUAUGACAUAAUCUAUCCACUAGCUAUGCUGCUCAAGCUAUGUCACUACCCUAACCGUAUCCUCCCUUACAAACCCACCAAGGCUCUGGAAUCUAUGGGGAAAGCCCUUCUCUUGGUUCUGUCAUCCCCCACAGGCCCUUCUUAGUGGUGGACACCCGCAAGCAACUUUGGAACUCCCUCCCUCGAGAAAGCAGACUGGCCACCCACUUGUCAUUAUUCCGCCAGCAGAUGAAGGCUGAUGACAUGCCUCUGGAAAGGGCUUUUCAAUAAUGCUAUGCUAUUUUUACUAUCCAUGUUUCAAUAAUAAAAACAAUAAAAACAAUUUUAUUAUUUCUAUGCCGCCCAUCUGCCUGGUUUGCCAAGUAAAAUAGAUCUGUUUUUAUAUUGUUUUAAUUCUAGUACAGUUUAAUUACUUUUUAAUAACAAUAUUUCUAGCUUGUUGCAUUUUAUCUGUUUUGCUGUGAUUUGUUCAAGCCGCCUUGCGUCCUGGUCUGGGGGAAAGCCAGGAGAUAGAUGAUAUAGAUAGAUGAUAGAUAGAUAGAUAGAUAGAGAGAGAGAUGGAUAGAUAGAUAGAUAGAUAUCCAACCUCUGUUCAAAAGCCUCCAAUGAAUCAUAAAAUUGUAGAAUUGGAAGGCUGCCCUGAGGGUCAGGGAUCAUAGCUCAAGAAUACCUGGCCGAUGGCUAUCUAACCUCUACUUAAAUACCUCCAAUGCAUCUGACUAUACUUUGCCCCUUGUCCCAUCCUGACAGGCGGAUACAUUGGCAAUUACAAGGAGCCAGGAUUAUGAAAUCUACUAGAGAAAAGAUCACCCUGAACUUCAGGGGAAUCCGAUACAAGACUUAUGCUAGCACCCUCCAAGCCUUCCCUGGGACCAAACUGAGCCGCCUCACAGGGCCCCAGGAGGCAUCCACCGAGUUUGACUAUGACCCCAACACUGGAGAGUUCUUCUUCGACAGAGAUACUCGUGUUUUUGAAGAGGUGCUGAACUACUGCAGGACCAAGCACCUCCACUGCCCUCAAUACAUCUGCAAGUCUGUCCUUGAGGAGGAGCUGGCCUUUUGGGAGAUCAGUGAGGCCGCCCUGGCUCCCUGUUGCUGGCAGAGGCUGAGCGACAUGGAGAGCCAGCAGGAAGACCUUGCCCUCUGGGAUGACAGCAAAGACGAAGAUGACCAGGCUCUCCUGGCCCAGGUGGGAAGGGGGAAUAAUAGUUGCAGGGCCCAGUGGCAGCCCAGAAUUUGGACCCUCUUCGAAAAACCGUUUUCCAGUGGUAGUGCAAAGGUAAGUGCUGGAGCAUUUCUUUAAAAUGGGAAUGGGGAGCCUGUGGUCUUCCACAGAGCCUGGUCAUUGGGGUUGAUGAGCACUGGACUCCAACAACAUCUGGAAGUCCAAACAGGGCUCCCUUUGCUGCUUUAAAACAAGGAGAGAGAGGGGGGUCCAAUUUGUUAAGGUCAUCUUGAAUCCCAGUUCUGUCUCCAGCAGCAUUAACUACCCCUCCAGUUUGAUGUCACCUGUAAAAUUGGAUAAGCAUCCCCUCAAUUCCUUCAUCCAAGUUGUUUAUAAAGAUGUUGAACAACAAUGAACCCAGGACAGAACCUUGUGUCACCUCACUUCUCCCUUUUUUCCAAGAAGAUGAGGAACCAUUAGUGAACACUCUUUGAGUUCAGUCAGUCAACCAACUAGAAAUCCACUUAACAGUUACCUGCCCACAUUUUAUCAGCUUCUCUGCAAGAGUAUCAUCUGGAACUUUGUCAAAAGCCUAACUGAAAUCAAGAUACAAUACCUUCACAGCAUUCCCCUGAUCCACCAAGCUUGUAACUCUAUCAGAAAAAGAACUGAGUGUCAUAUGGCAUGACUUGUUUUUGAAAAAUCCAUGCUGGGUCUUAGUAAUCAGAGCAUCCUUUUAUAAGUGCUCACAGACCAACCAUUUAAUUAAGUGUUCUAUGACCUUUCCUGCUACCUAAAUCAAGCUGACUGGUCAGUAGUUAACUGGAUCUUCUCCCCCCCGCACCCUUUGAAGAUGGGGACAACAUUUGCCUGCCUCCGGUAUGCAGGAACCUCACCUGUUUUCCAGGAAUUCUCAAAAAUAAUAGGCAAAGGCUUUGGGAUUACAUCUGUAAGCUCCUUUUGUACCAUUGGGUCAGUGCUAUUUUUCUAGGAAAAGAGGUGCUGGAACUCACCAUAAACGCCUCCCUUGUUCUCUUAUAAUGGCAAUGGUGCCCAACUAAGAGGUGCCAGAGUUCCGGUGAGUUCCAACUGAAAAAAAUCCUGCCAUGUGGAGUUCACGUGCCUCUACAUUACACAGGCUUAUAUAGAGGCAUCCCCUCCCCUCAGCUUUAAACACACAUAGAAAUUAUGUUUACAGAGAAAACACAUGUCUGCAUUAUCAAAACCAGAUGCCUGCUUCAUUGAGAAGAACAGGGUACCUUCUCUCUAUAAGGCGAGCUCAAGGCUGAGCUUUUUCUACACAAACAUUCUUGACACAUUCUUCACGCAGCCUGUGUAAGAAGAUUCUCCUGACAAUAUCCUCUUUUUUUUACAUCUCUUCACAUGUAGGCUACCUAUCAAAGCCAUGCACGCACCAUUAAUUCUGAGAGGGAAAUAGUAGCUCUCAGUAAAUUAAGGACACAAGGAUGGUAGAUGGAGCAGUUCCUUCUUUGUGGGAAUCUGGGGAAGUCUCCUCCAACAUAGUGCUCUCCAGAUAUUUUGCACCAACUCCCAUCAGACGUAGCCAGCAUGACUGAAUGAAGUUUGAGCUGAUGGGAAAACAGUCACAUUGACUGGGGCUGAUGGGAUUUAUAGUAACGCAAGAUAUCUAGAGGGCACCAGGCUGAGGAAGGCUGAUCCACUGUGCAAACAGGGGCUAAAUGGGGUUCUGCCACAAUGCCACAAUUUAGGGGGAAGAGCUCGGUGGUGGAACAUCUGCCUUGCCAAUGGAAGGUUCCAGGUUUGAUCACCAGUGGCACCACAAAGUAGGGUGGGAGGGGAGAACCUUUCUAGAAUACUGGAGAUCCACUCCCCAAUCAGUGUAGACCAUACAUCAAGGAUGGAACAAUGCUCCUAUGAAGAAAUGUUGCAGUGUCUGGAUAUUUUUAGUUUAGAAGAAAGUCAAGUAAGAGGUGACAUGAUAGAAGUUUGCAUGGGACAGAGAAAGUGCCCCAAAACAUUAGAACUCAUGGACAUCCAAGGAAGCUGAAUGUUGGAAGAUUCAGGACAGAUUUAAAAAGUACUUCUUUUCACAGCACAUAGAGCAGGAAACUCACUCCCACAGGAGGCAGUGAUAGCCACCAACCUAGAUAGCUUUGAAAGAGGAUUAGACAAAUUCAUGGAGAAUGGUAAGGCUAUCAGUGGCUGUUAGCCCCAGUGAGGCAGCAAUGCUUCUGAAUAUCAGUUGCUGGGAACCAUAGGAGGGGAGAAGGCUCUUGUGCUCAGAUCCUGCUAGCUGGUUUCCCUUUGGGGCGUCUGGUGGCCACUGUGAGGACAGGAUGCUGGAUUAGAUGCUUCAUUGGCCUGAUCCAGCAGGUGCUUCUUAUGUUCUUAUGUUCCUGUAUUCUAACACAAAGCUCACAAACUAACUUCGUGACACAGCUGAACUUUCUUUCCACAGGUUCUGGCCGCUAUCUCCCUGGUCUUCAACAUUGGGAUUUGCAUCCUUUUCAUAAAGAAGGCUGAUGUAGAAAUUGAGUUCUUUGUCUAUGGACAUGAAUACAACAGCACUGACACCGUCCUCAAUGAGAUUCACAAAUACUUCCCUUACCUCAUCCCUCUGGAGUUUUUCUGCGUCCUCUGGUUCUUGUUUGAGUUUUCUGUGCGGCUUACGUUUUGCCCAAAUAAAAAGAAGUUCCUGACCAGCCCCCUGAAUAUAGCUGACUUCAUCUCCCUCUUUCCAAUUUUCAUCGAGCUUUGCACACAUGGACAAGCCUGGCUGGGUUUCGUCCGUGCACUGUACACCCUCAAGCUCUUGAAGAUCCUUAAGCUCAUAGAAAUCCCUCUAAUGUUCCAGGUCCUUUCAUACACGUCCAGGUCUGUCUUCAGAGAGAUCUUCAUCUUCAUUAUCAUCUUUAUCUUUGAAAGUCUGUUCUUCGGCAUCCUCAUGUUCUACACAGAGGUCCUUUACCCAGUACCUGAAUCAUAUUUUGAGAGCAUUUCAUCCUGCAUUUGGUGGGCAGUUAUCACUUUGACCACUGUUGGUUAUGGAGACUCGUACCCUAUUACCGAAUUCUCCCAAGUGAUAGCAGCCUGUGCUGCACUCUGUGGCGUGCUGACCAUAGUCAUCCCAAUCCCUAUCUUUCUGAUCAAGUUCAAGGGCUAUUAUGAUGCUGCCGUGAUCAAGGAGAGGAGGAAGAGGAAGAUGGAACAAGCAGCAAUGCUGUCAUCCUAAGGACUCCAGAGCACCAUGUUGCCAAUUAUUCAUGGGAAGAGAUAACUGGCUUCUAGAGAGCUUCCUGCCACACUGCAGAUGCUUCAGCUGAUUUGAUGCAAUUUUUAGCUUCCUACCUGAGCAUCAUAUUCCUCUGUGCUGCCAACUGAAUUAAGUCACACUCUACCUGUGCUCCCACAUUUCCAAAGAGAGAGAGGGCUACCAAUGCCCGCUAGCCAAGGUGGCUAUGCUCUGCAUCCAUGGCUGAAGACAACAAUACUUCUGAGUAUCAGCUGCUGGAAACCACAGGAAGUGAGAGAGCCCUUGUGCUCAUGUCCUGCUUGCUGGUGUCCCAGAGGCAUCUGAUUGGCCAUUGUGAGAACAGGAUGCUGGACUAGAAGGGUGGAUUGACCAGAUCCAGCAGACUCUGCUUAUGGUCUUAUGUUCUUAAAAGAGGUCUUCCUCCUCGAGCUUCUUGCCUUCAAGCCUUUUUGCCUGGAACAUACCUUUGGACUGUGAUCAUGGCUCUUGCUUGCCCACAAUGAACAUGGAUAGAUGCAAGUUGAUCUCUGUUGGCAUUCUGGGCUCCAUUAUUCUUAUGAAGUGCGAGGAGAUUAAUGCUGCCACAACCAACCAAAGGGGAAAUGGGUUAGAGUCACCAAUAAUGUUCUAUCUUUGUGUAUUUUUAGACUGUAUAAGCCACUAUCAUUUUCCAGAAAAACCCUACAACAGCUAACAUUGCAGCCUAAACACAACUGGUAUAAUAAUAUAAGGGGGAAAUGAUGCAGGGAUUUGACAGCAUAUAAAAGCAACAAUAGCAAUACUACUGCUGCUGCUACUCCUCACAAUGUAAUCUUUUACAAGGCUACCUAGAUGUUAAUCUCAUUGAUUCAGGGAAGUUUCCUCCCAAUGUGUAUAGGAUUGGACCCUGAGACUCAUGAAAUAAAAGUCAACACAUUCAUAUACCAGGCAUACAACAAACUAUAUUACUUACUGGAAACCCAAAUGCUGUUCUUGGCAGAGCACAGAGAAGAGAGAGCAAAACCCACCAUUUCAUGGUUAGUGGCCCUCAUCACAACUCGCUUAGACUCUGAAAAUAAAGCCUCUCAUUUCCAAACUGGAAAUGAGAAAGGAGCAAAUGUAAGACCUACUUCUGGAAAGGACUAGAUCCCACUUCAGUUUGGGGGUCAACUUAUAUUAAAGGGGUAGCCCUCCCUCACCCAACCCCAAAAGACACAACUCAUAAAAAUGACUUGCAUUAGAUUCUCAGCAUUCCUUCUGUUCAUAGAAAAUAGUAGAAGUAUUUGGAAAGCUAAAUUCCAGUUUAUUUUAAAAUUUCAUAUUAAUCAAAAGUUAUUACAUGCAUACAUGCACAUUCAUACAUACAUGAUCAAAAGGUAUUACAUACUUACAUGCAUAUACAUUCAUGUGUAUUACACACACACAUACAUGAAUACACACACACACACACACACACACACACACACACAUUCAUAUAAGAUUAUAAAGACUACAGAAUCCAGGAUCCAGAAUGCCUCAUAUUUUUCUCUCACUUGUUUGCUUGGCUCUCCUCUUUGAAUUGGGUGCUUUAUGCUGAAUGAUGGCCUUCAGGGAGCCACCAUUGAACCCAAUGGCCCUGCAGGCAUGUUAUAGUACUCCAUGAACUGUAGCUUGUUGUCAAUGGGCACAUGCACCAGCCACUCUCCUCUCUGCUCCAAAGCAAACCGGAGCAUCAGGUGAGUUUCAAAAAAGGCAUCAUCAUAGCUCAGCUGCAUUUCAACCAUGGGUCUCGAAAGGGGGGUGGGGGCAAUGUGGGAUACCAGCCAGUGAAGUGCAAAUAAUUGCAAAUGUUUUACUGGCAGGUAGCAGGAAUGGACACAGUCUACACUUGAAAAAGGAACCACAGUCAUAGAAAUGUGGAGUUGGAAGCGACUUGCUAGGGUCCUCUAGUCCAACUCACUGAAAUACAGGAAUCGCAGCUAAAGGAUCCCUGACAAACAGCCAAUCUCCACUUUAAAACCUCCAAGAAAUGAGAGUCCACCACUUUCUGAAGGAAUCCAUUCCACUGUUGAAUUAUUCUUACUCUCAGAAAGUUCUACCUAAUGUUGUUGGAAUCUCCCUUUUUCAUAAUGGAUGCAGCAUUAAGCAAGUCCCACCCCCCUCCAUAAGUGUGCUUAAUAUAAUGUGCACUUUGGCCUUAAGACUUCAAAAAGUGUAGACCCCAAGUCCCCUGGGUUUCUGCUAGGUAUUGGCACCUCAGUUUCCUAACUACAUUGCACCUAAGAGAAGCCUCCUGGUGCGAAAAGGAGAAUUUUGUAUUAUUAAAUCGUAUAAUGUAUGCUGCAUUGUGCUUUCACGCUACAGUUUAUUAAAGGUAAUUAUAUUUCUCCAUUACAAUUAAUUUGUGCUUCAUGUUUCUCAGGGGCAAUAUAGGCAUCGUUGUUAAUUGAAUAAACACUGAGAACAUGAAGGAUUCUUCUGUUUAGUAAAGAACUGCUAAGGAGAGGCAUAAGCCACCUCAGGGCCAUGAUGGAUUGGGAGGGAGGAUUCAGCUCUUCCUCCCCCUGCCAUAGACCUCUCCUAAACCUGUCUCUAUUUGCAUUUCAAGGGAUGCCUCCAUUGGCACCAGGAAAUCUAGUGUUUUACAGAGGAACAAACCCAGAACUUUAGCUACAGAGUUUUUUGCCCUGGGUGAAGUCUCCAGAGGGGCAUCAUUGAGGCUCCCAGCCUGUAUGUGUGUGUACACAAAUGUGUGAGUGUGGGUGCCAAACUGGAUCUUUGACCCGGGUGAACUAAAGUCUAGUUUCACUCCUGACAAACCUGACAGAGUCAGCUCCCUGCCCCAACAAACCUACACUCUAAGGGGAAAUCUAGAAGCUGCCAUGACCCCAGCGUCCAGGAAGACACUGGCUAUGUACACACCAGACACUUACAGCACUAUGAUACCCAGUGCUUUUUUUCUUUAAAAAAAUGUUUAGGGGUAGGUACUCUCAUUUUGACUCAAGAAAAUCACAAUUUUAUAGUUCAAAUCGGGGGAAAUAAAUAUAGUAAAUGGACAAAAGUACAAAGAUUCACAAAAUGUUUAGGGGUGUGCGUACCCCUGUGUGUCCCCAGAAAAAAAGCACUGAUGAUACCACUUAAAGCACUCCUGUCCCCGUCCCCCCACAGCACCAAAUUCUGGGAGCUAUAGUUUGUGAAGGGUGCUGAGAGUUGUUAGGAGACCCCCUCUUCCCCUCACAAAGCUACAAUUCCAAGGGUUCCCUGGGAAGGGACUGACUGUUGCACUCUGAGAGUUCUUAUGUGGUUAUUUAUUUAUUUAUUUAUUCAUUUAUUUAAAAUAUCUGUAUGUUGCUGUGUCAUUCAAAAACAACUAUCAGAGUGAUUUAC